GAACUUUGGUAACAUUGUUUGUGUACAAAAAUUUUCAAUUGAUAACUUUUCGUUAUUUCGAUGAUAAUUUUGUGAAAAUUUAUUUAAUUCGUGAUACUUUAUUCAAUAAUUGCUGUCAAAGGAUUAUUCUACAUUUAUAAAUAUGGCUGAUUAUUGGAAAUCUCAAGCUAGAAAGUACUGCGAUUUUUGUAAAUGUUGGAUAUCCGAUAAUAAACCGAGCGUUCAAUUUCACGAAAAUGGUAAAAGGCACAAAGCAAACGUGGCCACUCGACUUAAACAAAUUGGCAAAAAAAGUAUCGCUGACCAAAAGGCCAAACAGCGUAUGGACGACGAUAUUAGAAAAAUGGAAGAGGCCGCGAUGAAAGCGUACGCCAAAGACGCCGAACAAAAUUUAGAUUAUUCUGCUAAAGUGGCGAAAGGCAUUAAUGACGAUCAACCUUUACCUACUACUUAUGUUCCUCCUAGUGACUCUCAACAUAAAUGGCACGAGGCUAAAUCGGAUACAGGAGACAUAUAUUAUUGGAACACGAGCACCGGAGAAUCGCAAUGGGAUAAACCAUCGGAAGGAUACGUGCCUUUAGAUAAAUCGCAGAAAAAAGCAGGCAAACCGCCUAAAUCGAAAAAACCCUCGAAACACGGUAAACGAAAACACGGCGAUGGUAAAUUCGAUAAAAAUAAGAAAAAAUCGAAAGAUAAAUCCGAAGAAGAAGAGAUAAUCGUACCAGUAUUCGAACCAAUUAUAACCGGACCAGCGUACGGCAGAUGGGAAAAAGUCGAAUCCACAAGCUCGAGCGCUCCGCCAAAACCUAUCGAAUUUCUAGAGGAAAAACCCGAACUCGAGUUUAAAGAGAAAACCUUACCGCAAACGAGUCAAAGCUCGGAAAGCACAUCGGCUUGCAGUUUCUCCUUUAAGAAGUCCAAGUUUAAAGGCAAUGUCAGGCAGAGGAGUAAUUUAUUAUGAAGCAAUAUCUGCAUAAUGUUCUUUAUAAUGUUGUUUUUAUAAUGCCAGUUACGUGUUUAGGAAUUUUUUUAUUUAUUUAUAAAAUGUCCUAAAUUUGAUAUAAAAGCGUUUUUUUUUUUUUUUUCAUUCAUUUUCAUUCAUUUAUUUUAGAAAUAUUUUUCUUUAUGAUAUUUGUUGAAUUUUGAGAGAAAGGUAUUAUACCUUUAGGGAAUAAAUUUUGGGCAGAAUAAAGAAAAAAUGAAAGAGCGUUCUUCAAAAAUGCAACAUCGAGCAACGUUUCAUAUCCUGAAUAAUGUUUUUCAGUUGAAAAAAAAAAUAAUGAAAAAACGAACUUAACCUUUUUUCUAUUAAAAAAAUUAGUGAAAUCGUUCGAAAAAGCAACAUCAAGCAACGUUUGAUUUCAGAUACUGAAUGAUAUUUUUCAGUUGAAAAAAAUAAUGAUUAAAAAAACGAACUUUAGUUAUUUUCUAUUGAAAAAAUUGAAUUUUGAGGGGAUCUCUCCUGGUGCUCGCCUCCUCUUGUUUGAAACCAAAAUUUCAGCUGCCCAAAUUGAUUUCACGAUUUUUUGAAAACCUUCGGCCAUUUUUGGCAAUUUAUGCUUUUUUUAAUUUAAAAAAAAAAAAAAUUGAUAAUAUUUGCUCAGUAAAAAUGAUGAAAAUUAGUUCUGAAACUAAUAUGAACUUCCUCUGAACUGAAUAUAACAAUUUUUGCCAUUCUGGAGCUUCCAGUUCGAUUUUCAAUUUCUCCAGAAUUUCAAAAAGUAAAUGUGAGGAUUGAAAUUAAUUUGGGCAGCUAAAAAUGGAGUUGUGGUUGCUUUACGAGUCUAUCCAUCCAAAUUUGUGCCGAUUUUUAGGUGUACACUUCCGCAGUCCUGAAGUGCAUUUUUUUGACACGAAUUUUAAAAAGUUGAAAAUUUUGUGUUCUCAAGAAAAUUUUAGAAAUUUGCACAAAUCGCCGCAUCUAGUCCAAAACUAACACCCUUUUCUCAAUUGACAGAUAAACACCCUAAAUAAAUAGAUGAUAAUAAAAAAAAAACAAAAAAAAAACAGUUUUUCUCGACAUCUUAAUAGAGAUUUUCAGUAUUUUUUCAAUUGGUAAUGAAAAAAAACAGCAUGUCGUAUAAUUGUAUGGAUUAUUUUGUGAUAAUUAUUUAUUUUUAUUUUUUGUAUUUUUAAAUAAGCUAUUACUCUAUUUCCCCAUCACUGACUAGAAAAAUGUGUUAUCCUUCUUUAUCGAAGAGUACUUCGUGAUUUUUUAAAAUUUUGUACAGCGUUGAAUGUUCUCGCUCAUCUUUCGAUAUUUAGUUUCAUUUGUAUUAUGUACCUAUGUACUUUGUAAGUACAAAUAGUAAAUCGUCAAACAAA